AUGUCGCCCCCAGCCGCGAUUGAGACCAUUACCCAGACCACCGGUGCCAAAACCGAAGAUGCCGUCACGGUCAAAGGGGUGAACAACGUCUCCGGCCGUCCAGGUUUCCGUUACGGCGCGGUGCCUAGGAAGGCGGCACAGACGGAGCCACUGAAGCAAGUCCGGAUUCCCAUUUUCGAUAACAUGGAAGACGAGCGCGCCGGCGGGCACGUUACGGUACGCGAUCCCAUUCUCACUGACGACUUCUGGAUCAACCCGCACGCGAAGAGCUUCAGCCGUAUGAAGCCCGAGGACUUGUGUCUAGUGAAUGACAAGGGCGUCGUGGUGGGAGGCAACAUGCAUGCUGUCAAUCCCGCUGGAUUCUCUAUCCACAGUGCCGUUCAUCGUGCUCGUCCCGAUGUGAUUGCAGCAGUUCACUGUCACUCGGUCCCCAGCAAGGCGUUCGCUUCAUUCGGGAAAAGGCUGGACAUGAUCAACCAGGAUGCUUGUCGAUUUUAUAACUGCCACUCUGUUUACGAGGGCAAAGCAGUGAUCCUUCAGAACCACGGUCUCCUAGCAGUAGGCAAGACCGUCGACGGAGCCACCUUUAACUUCGGCGCUCUUGAUCGCUGCAUCGAAGCUCAGUUGAUGGCUGAUGCUGCGGGCAAGAAUCGAGGCUGGGAGACUAUCAAGGUCGGUCAUGCAGAGGCCGAGUUCACCCGCCAUGUGUACAAUGAUGAGCUGGAAUACGUCACCUUUCAGCCUGCAUUUGAGGAAGUGGUGUAUAAUUCGACCGGAGAACUGUCUCUGACGGUGGGCAAUGAGAAAUAUCCAGACGAAUCGAUGAAUUCUUUUGGAAGGAGCGCCCACGUUGUCAAAUAG